AGCACAUUUCUUUGCUCGGCGGGGUAUCCGAUCCCUGGACGGACAUGCCCAAGCGCCCAAGCGGUGGCCGUGGUAGCACAUGGCAGGCUCUGCCGCGGGCGAGCCGCCCAGACCACUUGACCGCCCUGCCAGUGCUGCUACGGCGGGUGUGCGGGUCUACAAGUACCGCGAGCUCGGGGAGGAGCGCGUGGCGGAGUUCGACGACGCCCACCUGGCGUGGAGCGGAACUUUCGAUUCGAGCUCCUCGUCAGGGCACAGCGAGUAUCGCGACAGGCUGCGGGCAAUUCAGCUGCGGAAGACUGGCUGGAGCAAGGCUCAGAUCGCUGCGGACCUGGGGCGCCCAGAAAAGUUUGUGGCCAGAUGGUGGCAGAUGGAGCCGCUGGCGGUGCCGCGUCCGCCUGGCGUGCACCAGUACCUCGCGCACGGCAUGGCCGAGGGAAAGCAAGUCGACAGGACCGACAUGUGGCGCGGGGUAGAAGUAAUGCGGGCUUUCUUCAAGGACGUAGCAGGCCUCUACGAGGAGGUGGUGUCCACUUUCAGCGGCUGGAAGCAGUCUGCUUCUGAGACGAAGGACUUUCGCACCGCCUCGUACUUCCUGAGAUACGACAGGGAGGGCAAGAUGCGAAUGAUGAGCAUGAGGUCCUGUGGGUACGAGCCCAACGUCGUCUCGAGACUGGAUGCCUUGGUACAGAAGAUUCAUCGCAAGGUCGGCAUAUCGGACCCUAGCCAUGGUGCGGGCAUGUAUUGGUUCUCUGACGGCGACGCGAGUGUGGGGAGCCACCGCCAUGUUUUCUGGAGCGCGCGGGUUGCUCUGGGUGCUGAGCGAAUCAUGAUGGUCGACACUACGCCCAUCCUCAUGCAGGAGGGCGACCUUGUCAUCAUCGGCCCCCAGCGCCACGGUGUGCCGCCUAUGCCCGAGGUCGCUGGUGGCAGCCUGCGCAUCUCGGUGCCGUUCCGGCCGCAGCCCAGGGACGGCGGACAGGUGGAGGCCGGCCCGACGACCGAGCCCGAGGGCGAGCCCCGCGACGAGGGCGGCUGGCAGGGCGGCUGGGGCGGCGGUGGCCGCUGGGAGGCGGACGAGGGCGGUGGCUGGGAGGGCGACGAGGCCGGCCCUGGUUGGGGUGCGCGCGGUGACGGCGAGCCCUGGCACGACGGCCUGGAGGCCUCGGCCUUGCAGCUGCAGGCGCUGGGCUUCGAGCCGGGCGCCGCGGCGGCCGCGCUGCGCGCCUGCGGCGGGGAGGUGGAGCGGGCCGCGGACCUGCUGCUCGAGAGCGGCGCGGCCGGCGGGGAGGCGGAGGGGCUUGUGGCGCUCCUGGGCGGGGCCGCCGCCGAGGAUGGAGGCGAGGGUAGCAGCGGCGACGAGGCGCUGGCGCGGCGGCUGCAGGCUCAGGAGCUGCAGGGCGACCGCGAGGACCAGCAGCUGCUGGAGGAGGAGUUCGCCGAGUACGAGCGAGUCAUCGACGCCGACGAGGCCGAGCGCUCGUGGGACGGGUACGGGGAUCUGAUGCACAACGCGGUCAGGCGUGCAAGCCUGAGCCUGGACACGCUGGGCCCUCAAACUGUCUAUUCACUUAGCGCCACCGCACGCACAGAAAAGCAAUUCUUCGAGCUGCUGUCGCUGCAUUUGGUCAAGGUCUUGUACGACUUUCGGCCAACGGACUACCGCGACGAGGUCCAGAGCCAGCAACCCUUCUUUGAGAUUCGGGCGCUGAAGCACCUCUGCAGGCAGCGGGGGGUGCACUACCGACACGUGGCAGUGGGCCGCGAGACUGCCUUCGGCGUGCUGAGGCACCUGCAGAGCGACGAAGUGCAGCACGUGCUCGUGGAGCUCGUAUGGCGGGCCAAGCACUCCGGCCGAACGGCCUUUCUCGGCAGCGAGGAAGACUGGCGCGCCGACGGCGUGCGGCUUGCGGUCGGCGAAGAGCUGUCCAGGCAUGGCCACGUUGUCGAGCAUGAGGACAACAGCGGGGCGCUCGAGAGGCACGACUGGGGCAGGGAGCUGCCAGGCUUCCUGCUGCAGGAGGAGGCGCGGCUGCGGAAGCUGGACGCGCAGCGUCGGGCGGGUGAACUGCAGCGGCCCGAGAAGUCCGCGGCGGACCGCAGCACCGAGGCCGUGGCGCGCGCGCUGGCGGUGGAGAAGACGCGGGUGGACGUGUCGGCCGAGCUGCGCGACGCGGAGAGCCAGACGGACCUGAUACGGGCACAGAGGCGCAUGGUGCGGCUGCAGGCCGCCGCCGACAAGCAGGAACAGGGCCUGGGCAAGAAGGCGUUGGUGGCCGUCCCCGGCCACGUCCAGCGCGAGGCAGCCCGGCUCCGCGAGCACGCCGAGGCCAAGAAGGCGGAGAAGGCCAAGCCUGACGCGGCCGGGAACGUGCCCGAGACGAGCGGCGGCGCGAGCUCCUCUUGCCCGCGGCCCGCCUGGCCGGCCGCGGCGAGCGGCCCGGCGGACGCCCGCCCCGCCCGCCUAGGCCGCUGCGACGCCGUGGGCGCGCUGGCGCCGCAGGGCGGCGCGCUGCUGGUGCCGCAGGGCGGCGCGCUGCUGGCGCCGCUGGCCGACGGGCCGCCCGCCGGGCACGCGGCGGCGGCUGCGGCCGCGCGCAGCGGCGUGCCGCAGCGGCUGCUGGAGCCCCGGCGCGCCGCGGGGCGGUGGGGCCUCCGCGCGGUGACGGCCGAGCGCGCGGAGGCGGCGGAGGACGGCGGCGGUGGCUCUGCCGAGGAUCCGCCGCUGCCGCCCAGCCCAGCAGAGGCCCGUGGGGCGGGCGGCCUGGCGGAGUUGGGCGGCCGCGCCGCGGAGGGGCGCGCGGCGGCGGCGGAGGGCGGCGGCCAGCAGCCCGCCGCCCGAGGGGAAGAGCCGGCGCGGCACAGCCCCGCGCGAGCUGCGCCUCCUGCCGGCCGCUGGGCCGCGCGCCGCGCCGGUGGGAGCAAGAAGGACCUCAUGCUCCUCGCGGCCCCCCUUGCCUUGCCGCUCCUUGGAGCGCUGCUCGACCUCUUUUGUCCUGACUGCGGCCCGCCCGCGCUCGCGGAGGCGGCGCGCCUGCUAGGGGUGCUCGGGGAGGGGAGGGGCAUCUCCACGCCGAUGGAGGCGCCUACGCCGCAGACGCACCGCGGCGGGGGUACGCCCGCCGCGGGGGGGGGAGGCGCCAGCCGGACCGGCCGGUUCGGCGGGGCGCUCCCCCGGGAGCGGAAGGCGUUCUACGAGAUGCUGGGGGUGACCUUCGGUAUGGUGGAGGCGCUCUUCGGGGCGCUGGAGGCGGCGCUGCAGGCGCUGGCGGUAGCUUCCGUCGCCCUCAUCGUCGCUGGCUGCCUCCCCCUCGCCGGGGCCGUCGCCGACUUCGUCGCUGGCGCCGCCGACGCCUCCUACGACGUCACCCGUGGCGUCUACCCCGCGGACGCCGGGGCGCUCCUGACUGCAGGGGCCGCCUUCUGCGCCCGAGCCGCCGGCGUCGCCGCCCCCAUCGCCUGCGCAGGCUUGGAGGCGAUCCCCGGGAUGCGGCCGCGCCCGCAGCAGAGACCCCCGGGGGAGAUGGAGGUGAUCUUCGGCAUGCUGGAGGCGAUCAUCUGGACGCCCCCCGGCACGCCCAUUGUAGCGCCGACGGCCUUCAGGACGAUGGCGCUUCCCGUGGAGCUGGCGAUCCUCCGGCUGCCGGCGAUCCACGUGACGCUGGCGACCACCGGGCCGACCUACCAGGCCGACUCCGGCAGCCCAGGCGCCGAUUCCGGGUCCGGGGGCAGCGCGUGGGCCGGAUCGGACCUGCUCGUCGUCAACCGCCUCCCCCUCGUCGUCCCCGCCACUGUCGGCACUAUCGCCGUGGUCGAGAACAUCUCGGACAGCGCCCCCGCCCUCGGCCCCGCCGCCCUGGCCCGCAUGGCAACGACCCCGGCGCUGGUCGUCCCCGUGCUCACGGAGGGCUACCUGCAGCUGAAGCCACCUACGGUGGAAGCGAUCCCGACGUUGGCGCCGACUGGGGCACCAGGACCCUCUGGGUACAUCACGCUGGAGGCGGCCUUCGGGACGCUGGAGGCCGACGCUGACGCUGACGCCGACGAUGACGCGGACGCAGACGCUGACGCUGACGCUGCGCCGCCGGCGGCCGCGAUGGAGACCUUCCCCCUGGACGACACCGAUGACGAGGCGUUGGAGCAGGAGGGCCGCUUGGAGGAAGCCGGGGAUGCGGCGUGCUGCCCAUCCGGCUCCCCCGGCCCGCUUCUGCAGUACGAGUGGCUCGCGAAGCAUCGCGUCAAGGCCAGCUUCUACGUGGGCGGCGUCAACCGCCCCACCUCCCCGCGACCAUCUUCCUCAAUGCCGCGGAGCCCCAGCCCGGGGAGCUGCCCCGACGAUGGCGGCUCCUCCACGCGGGCGCCGGAUAGCCCCGACGGCGGCGGCGCCCGCGGCGGCGCCGCGGCGGGCCGCCACGUGCCCUUCCUGGACCUUGCGGACUUCGACGAGGGGGAGGGCCCUGGGGAGGGAUGCGCCCCGGUCGGCGAGUCCUUCCGGCCGCCCGAGCUGAUGGACCUGCGCCCCUACCGCGCCACUACGGUGGACCCCUGGUGCGUGGGCUGGAACACGUUCUACCCGCUGGCGGCGCAGCCGCUCUUCCUGAGCGCCGACCCCGACGGUGGGGUGCCCGCGGACUUCCGCGGCAUGGUUGGCAAGUCCUUCCGGCCGCCCGAGCUGAUGGACCUGCGCCCCUACCGCGCCGCCACGGUGGACUCCUGGUGCCUGGGCUGGAGCACGCUCUACCUGCUGGUGGCGCAGCCGCUCUUCCUGAGCGCCGACCCCAAGCAGCAGGACCCAGACUGGCUCCUUUUCUCGCGUGGCAACUAUGGCGCCCUGCGGCAGCAGAAGAACUGCGUCUGCUCGCAGAUGGCGCUGGACUUCAUCCUGAGGCCCAUGAGCCUGGACCCCUCCAAGCGCAUGUCGAUCGCAGACGCCCUCGGGCACGCCGGGCGCGCGGACCCGCGCUUCGGUCCGUGCCUCCUGCCCGCGGUGGUCCUGCCCGAGGCCACCCGCGGCGGCCAGGAGGGAACCGCGGACGACCAGGCCGCGCCCGGCUUCGUCGCGGCGCUUGGCGUGGCGCCGUCAGCGGUCAGAGAGGCCGCCACCGCCGGCGGAGCUCCUGGUGCGUGGCCGCUUCCGAGCUCGGGCAUGCAGCCGAGCGCUGUCGCUGGAGAGGCCGCCGUGCCCUACUCCACCUCGAGGCAGGCCCACGGGGGCCCCGCCCUGCCCCCGCGGAAGCCCUUGGACGACGCCCUGGCCGGAGACGAGCUUCACGGAGAUGAUCGGGCCGAGUAUGCCAGCGCUGACGGGCGCAUCCGCUACGGCGCCGACGACGGCUUUGGUAUCGGCAGCCCCUCUGACGGCCUCGCCCCCACGGGUGCCGACGGGGUCUGGCGGAAGGGGGGAUCGCGCGCCGCCUACGCCAACGUCAGCACCAACACCGGCAUCGGCGCUGGCCCUUCGAAGGGAGGCGGAGGGGCAUGGCCCACCGACGCCACCUACGCCAAGGUGGCCACCGACCUCCACGCCUCCGACACCAGCGCGGACCUCGCUCCCGACGGUGGCAGGGCAGAGCACAUCGCAGACUGGCAGCGGCGGUUCAGCAGCACCGCCAGGAUACCUCAGGUCACGCCCCCGUUCGACGGGCUGGCUUCGUCGUCGACUGGCUCCCCGGUAGGCUACCCCUUCGAAGAGGCGACACCCGGUGGAGGGAAGAGGGCCACGGCCUGCGACGCCCUGGCUCCAGCCGAGGCUCCAGGCACCGACGGCGACCGCCCCUGGAGCGGGCUGCCCGCACUGCCUGCGGCGGCGAGCUUGCCCGCCCUGCCUCGGGACCCGCCUGCGUCGCCUCCAUCGCUUCCGGACUUGCCUACGCCGCCUCCCGACUCGCCUGGGCGCCCCGCCUGCCUCCCGACUCACCGGCACGGCCUGCCUGCGCUGCCUGCACGGCCUCCGGGCGGGGAAGAGGGGAGAGGCGUCCCGGCCAGGGGAGGGCCCUGGCAGGCUGGGCGCCAGGCGCAGGCCGAGCGCCGGGCGGAGGACGGGGGGGAGGACACGUCCGACGCCAGCAUUGGCUUCUGCACCGACCCCCCCGAGCACGGCGACGACGACGAGGAGGCGGAAGACGCAGGGGGCACCGACGCCAGCAGGGAGUACAGCACCGACCCCAUGGAGCACAGCGACGACGAGGAAAUGGCCAGCCUCGAAGUCCGCGCCCGCGGGUGCCUGGCCGAGCCCCGCGAGACCCCCGCCGCCGGCGCCGGCUCAGGGGCCGAGCGAGCGCAGGAGACAGCAGCAUGGCCCGCCCUGAGGAGCUGGAGUGCCAAUGCCUGGAGCGUGCUGGUGGAGGUCUUGGCUGGGCUCGUGGGGGAGAGCGUCCAGGUCUUCGUGGGGAUUCUGACGGGGAUCGCGGAGGAAGUCGCCCUGGAGAUUGUGGCCCGGGUCGCGGCGCCGAUCGCCGUGGAAAUUUUGGCUUGGAUCGAGGCGACCCGCGGGGCGCUGGAGGAGAUGGUCAUCGGGACUAUGGAGGUGGUCUUCGGGACGCUGGAGGCGAUCAUCGGGGCGCUCUUCGGAGCGCUGGAGGUGAUCUUCGGGGCGCCGGCGAGCUUCGGGGCGCCCCUCGGAACGACGGCGAUCUUCGGGACGCCGGCGAUCUUCGUGACGCUGGCGAUCUUCGGGACGAUUGCGACCUUCGGGGUGCUGGCGUUCGCCGGGGCGUCGCUGGAGGGUAGUACUUGGACGCUCCCCAGCGCGCUGGAGGCGAGUUCCGGGAUGCGGACGUGCCUCCAUCACCGCCGAUAG